GAAGCAGGACAGCCACACAGCUCAUGCGUCAGUGUGCAUAGAGGUUCUAAACAGGUGAUGGAUUUUGCUGGGAAGCAGAAGCCGGAAUCCCAGUUGUGAGACAGCUUCGGAAAGGAAGAGAUGGCAGCCAAGCAGCCCCGAAGAGGGUCGGCCCGAGGCGGCGGCCCUCAGAGCCGAGGAGAGGACAUGGAGGCCAUGAUGGAUGCCUGGCACCGGCUGGGCACCCUCACUGAUCUGCAGGGCGAGUCUAGUGGCCGGCAGCAGCGAGGCCGCUCUCGCACCCGCUGGCCUCGCUGGGCCCCAGAGGGAGCCCCCCCGCAGUUCGGCAGCUCCAGCUCCAGCCCCAACCCCACCCCCAACCCUGGAUCGGGGGCCGGGUCUGCUCCAGAGGAGGGAUCCUUCCAGGAGGAAGGCGCCUGUGCCGGGGCCGUCGGGGAGACUGAGGCUGCUGAGGCAGCGGCUGCUGCCUCGAGUCCGUGCCCAGACGCGUGGGGAGGUCAGCAGCCCAGGGAGAGCGAGGAGAGCGAGGGCAGCGAGGCAAGCGAGGGCAGCCAGAGGCGCAGGGAGCGCAAAGCGGCCGCCGCCCCCGCCCAGCCUCUCUUCCCCGAGGCGCCCCGAACCAUGAGCGGCAAUCCAAACUUGGCGCUCGGGGCCCGCCCCCGGCAGCCCAUGGGCGGGCGCGGCCGGGGCCGCCCGCGCGGGCGGGGCCAGAGCCGAGGGGAGCUGCGAGAGGCUGCCGAGGAGGCGGGGGCGAGCGGCGGUGCCUCCGGGCGCUGGCGGGCCGCUAGCCCCUCCCCGCCUCCCGCGGCCGGCCCGCCUCGCUACUCGCUGCGCUCGAGGGCCCGCGGAGCCGAGGCCGCUGGCGGCCUGGACGAGGGCCCUUCCACCUCGGCCUUCGGGGUGGCCGGAGCCAGUGCUUUUCAGGAUCAAGAUGCGGCUGUGGGAAAAAAGUCGCCCAGAAAGAAGAGAGGAGCUCGCAGAAGGACAGUGCAUGUUCCUCUCGAGGUGGAGAAAUCUAACAGUGAUGAAGAAAGGGAUGAAGUGCGCAGACCCAGCCGCAGGGAGGAGGAAGAGGAAGAAGAGGAAGAGGUGCCUGGGGUAGGUUUGGGAAGCCUGCCCCACAGAUCUCAUUCCAGGCUGGAAAAGAAGGCUUGUGAGGUGGUCCAUUACCUGCUAGUGAAGGAUCAGACAAAGUUGCCCAUUCACCGAACUGAUAUUGUGAAUACUGUUAUUAAAGAAUACAAGGACAUGACCACAGAGAUCAUCAAUCGAGCUGGUCAGAUGUUGGAGCAGGUGUUUGGGUUAGAGCUGAAGGAGAUCGAUGAUAAGGCUCCUGCUUAUGUGCUCCUGAACAAGCUGGAGCCCCUGGAAGAUGAUGCUCCGAGACCAAAACAUGAUACAGCAAAGAUGGGACUUCUGAUGGUGAUCCUGAGCCUGAUUUUCAUGAAGGGGAACUCUGCCAAGGAGGGUAUGGUUUGGGACAUGCUCAGGAAGAUGCGUCUUAACCCAGACAAAAAACAUCCGCUCUUUGGGGAUGUGAAGAAGCUGGUCACUGACGAGUUUGUCCACCAGAGGUAUUUGGAGUACAACCGGAUUCCCUACACUGAUCCUGAGGAGUAUGAGUUCCUCUGGGGACCCCGAGCUUUCCUGGAGACCAGCAAGAUGCAGGUCCUUCGCUUCGUGGCUAAGGUAAUCCAAAAGAGGGACCCUCGUAGCUGGGCGGUCCAGUACAACGAAGCCCUUCGGGAGGAGGCCGCGGCCGCUGCCUCAACCUCCGCUUCGGCUUCGGCCUCCGCUUCGGCUUCUGCUUCCGCUUCCGCUUCCGCUUCCGCUUCGGCUGAUGCCGACGCUGACGCUGAUGGCGAGGCCGAAGCCUGUGCCUCUGCGUCUGCUUCUGCUUCUGGAAGUUUCCUGGACUAGGAGAGUGCACACUCCGAGUGCCCCACAAAAGUGGUGAUUCCAAAGCACAAGAAGCAGUGUUUUACAUAAGUUUUGUGCACAGUAGUUGUAAGUUAGGACCCGUCCCCUCUGUAGUCUAAGUUCAAUAAAAGUUGCAAGUUCA